AUGCCGCGGACUCUCGAUGGCCAGAUUACCAUGGAAAAAACUCCCAGUUACUUUGUGACCAAGGAGGCCCCAGCCCGUAUUUCGGCCAUGUCGAAGGACGCCAAGCUUAUCGUGGUGGUGAGGGACCCGGUGACUCGAGUCAUAUCGGAUUAUACGCAAACAUUAUCCAAGAGGCCGGACAUCCCCACUUUCGAGAGCCUGACGUUUAAAAACAGGACUACGGGUCUUAUCGACAUUUCAUGGAGUGCCAUCCAGAUUGGCAUCUAUGCCAAGCACUUGGAGAACUGGCUCCAGUAUUUUCCCAUGAGCCAGAUCCUGUUUGUGAGCGGGGAGAGACUGAUCACCGAUCCCUCAGGAGAACUAGGGCGCGUUCAGGAUUUUCUGGUGCUUAAGAGGAUCAUUACAGACAAACAUUUUUAUUUCAAUAAGACUAAAGGUUUUCCUUGUCUAAAGAAGGCAGAAGGGAGCAGCAAACCCCACUGUUUGGGAAAAACCAAGGGCAGGACUCACCCCAACAUUGACCCAGAAGUGGUCCAGAGACUACGGGAAUUCUACAGGCCAUUUAAUAUGAAGUUCUACCAAAUGACUGGGCAUGACUUUGGCUGGGAUUCAUAA